AUGUAUGCCAAAUCGAUCCUCAUUGCGGCCUUGAGCGCCUCUAUCGCCAAUGCCCACAUGAUCAUGACCAAGCCCGUUCCUUAUGGCAAGGACACCCUCAACAACUCACCUUUGGCCGCCGAUGGCAGUGACUUCCCCUGCAAGCUUCGCUCGGAUACCUACGCGGUUAGCGAGCAGAAUGUGAUGGUUAUCGGAGAAAGUCAGCCUUUGACCUUUGAAGGCAGUGCCACUCACGGUGGUGGUUCAUGCCAGAUCAGUCUGACCACGGAUCUGACGCCUACCAAGGACACUGAUUGGCAGGUGAUCAAGUCCUUCGAGGGUGGCUGCCCAGCUAAUGUGGACGGCAAUCUCUCCGGCGGUGCCACCAUGGUUGACCCAUACACCUUCAACUUCACCAUUCCCGACGGUAUUGCGGCUGGAAAAUACACUCUGGCCUGGACCUGGUUCAACCGCAUCGGCAACCGCGAGAUGUACAUGAACUGCGCUCCAGUCACUGUCCAGAGCGGCUCUUCCUCUAAGAGAUCUGAGGAAGUUGAAGCCAAGCCCGUCGACAAGGUCCAGAAGCGAUCAUCUAGCUACCCACCCAUGUUCGUUGCAAACGUCAACGGCUGCACUACCUCAGAGGGCGUCGAUAUCCGUUUCCCCCAGCCUGGUGAUGAUAUCGAGUACCUCGGCGAGGCUGCCAAUCUGGCUAAGGAAGGUUCAACAGCUUGUACCGGUACUGCGACAUUUGCUGGUUCAGGUGACACUGCCUCGGGCUCCGAUUCUAGCUCUAGUUCGGGCUCAGGCUCAGACUCCAGUUCGACCUCAACUUCAGCAACACAGGCUAGUACCGCAACCGCUAGCCAGGCCCCUGAGCCUGCUGCAACUACUACUGCAGCCCCGACAAGUGACCCUGCUCCUCAGCCCACGGCUUCUUCUGCCUCGACUGUCAGCCCAGCUUCCCCAUCAAGCAGCACCUCUUCCAGCACUGGUACUCUAAGCGGCUCAUGCAGCCCCGAGGGUGAAUGGAAUUGCAUCGCCGGUUCCUCCUUCCAGCGCUGCGCAGAGGGCGUCUGGUCUGUUGCUCAGCAAAUGGCCUCGGGUACCGAAUGCACCUCUGGUAAGACUUCAGAUUUGACGGUGGUUGCCAGCAAGCGCGCUCGUGCUAUUUCGGAGCUCCGUUUCCGCAAGCGUGCCCUUGGGGCCCCUCAUCACGCAUAG